AUGUAUGAUACCAUACGCGACUCAGUCUUGGGACAACUCAUACGAUUAGCAACAAAGAACAAAGUCUUGCUAUACGAGGAAGAGCGCAACCCCGAAAUAUGGCAGAAGUAUGUGCACAGAGAGAAGUCUGCCAACAUGGCACAGCAUGGUCAAACAGAGUUGCCUGAAGAAGUAUCAGAGAAACAAGAAGAUGGUCCAGAUACACCCGUUCGACGCGACUCGUCUCCGAACUCUUCUAGCUCAACCUCAACAGCUGUUGGCAAUGAUGACUUGCACAAAGGCAGACCAGUCGAUCAAGAGAAAGGGAAGGAUGUCUAUGUCGUGGACUGGUAUGGACCUGAUGAUCAGGAGAACCCCAAAAACUGGAGCCGCCCGAAGAGGUUCUGGACGACCUUCCUCAUUUGCCUACUCACAUUCUCUGUCUACGUAGGCAGCAGCAUCUAUACAGCAGGCCUCAACGACAUUACAAGAGUCUUCGGUGUCAGUCGAGUCGCUGCCACCUUGGGUCUUACCCUCUUCGUGGUCGCUUACGGCAUUGGCCCCAUGGUCUUCGCGCCGCUCUCAGAGAUACCGGCCAUCGGUCGCAAUCCCGUCUACAUUGGUACGCUAGCACUCUUCGUGGUCCUCCAGGUGCCGACCGCUUUGGCUGUCAAUUUCGGAAUGCUGUUAGCUUUUCGAUUCCUGACUGGUUUCAUUGGAUCUCCAUCAUUAGCCACAGGUGGUGCGUCCAUUGGCGACAUGUACAGCCCUGCGAAAAGAACGUAUGGCAUCGCUCUCGGACCACUCCUCGGUGGGUUCGCCGCCGAAGCCAGGGGAUGGACAUGGACGAUCUGGGAGCUGAUGUGGUUGAGCGGCUUCUGUCUCGCCGUCUUGGUUCCGUUUCUGCCUGAGACGUCCUCGGCUAAUAUCCUUUACCGCCGUGCCCGUCGACUUCGGAAGCUGACUGGUAACGACAAACUCGUUUCUGAAGGUGAAAUUGCGGGAGCGGAUAUGAAGCCUAUGAAUAUGGUGCGCAUGACUCUGGUCCGGCCAUUCACCUUAUCUCUUUUCGAACCGAUCUGUUUCUGCCUGAAUCUUUACAUUGCUCUCGUUUACGGGCUGCUCUAUGUUUGGUUCGAGUCCUUCCCGAUUGUGUUUAUUGAAAUCUAUGGAUUUUCUCUUGGCACUCAAGGCCUUGCAUUUUUGGGCAUCCUGGUUGGUACGUUGGUCACUAUACCGCCAUUUGUCUGGUAUCAACACAAAUAUAUCGAGCCCAAAUUCAACGACAAGGGAGAGCUCCAGCCUGAAUGGCGACUACCCCCGAGCUUUGUGGGUGCUUUUGCAAUACCCAUCUGUCUUUUCUGGUUCGGAUGGAGCUCACGACCGACCGUUCAUUGGAUGAUGCCCAUUGUCGGAUCUGGAUUCUUCUCCGUUGGAACUUUCCUUCUGUUUAAUUCAGUGCUCAACUAUCUAUCCGAUGCAUAUCCGGAAUAUGCGGCAAGCGUGUUAGCAGGAAAUGACUUCUUCCGAUCUUGUUUUGGAGCAGGCUUUCCGCUCUUUGCAACCGCAAUGUAUCAAUACCUUGGUGUUGGAUGGGCUUCGUCGACGUUGGCAUUCCUUUCGAUCGCUUUCAUUCCCAUACCGUUCGUCCUAUUCAAAUAUGGCACAGCGAUUCGCAGGAAGUCCAAGCAUGCUAGACAGGACUUCUAA